UCAUGGCAUUGUGUUUGAAGGAUCUAGAAGAGAGAAAAGAGCAAGAAGCCAGUAACACAAGGAGCGUAGAGCAGGCUGCUAAUGAUCUGAAGGCACAUGCCAUUAUGAGCAAAAGGCAGCUGUCAGACAAAGUGACAGAGCUCCAGUUAUUACUUCGGGAAGAGGAGAGUCUGGCAAAAAACUUCAUUGAUGAAAAGACUCGGCAAGCCCUGGAAGCACAUGAUCAGCAGUUGGAGUCCUGUCGAGAAAAGGUUGCAGCCCUGGAGACCUUCUCACAUCGAAUCAGACAAAUACAACAGCAAAGUGAUCCUGUUCAGUUGCUGGAGAAGUACACAGAAAUCGAGAAGGAAAUGCAGGAGCCCAGGCGCCUGUUAGAACAGUGGCAUCCGAUACCUCUCUCGUUUGAGCACAUACUUAACCAUUAUAAGCACUUCGUGACAGUUCUUCAGUCCAUUCUACAGAAACCAUUAGAAGCCCGGCUUAAAGAAGAUGUUUUCAGUAGUCUUAAUGCCACUGCAAAGAAGGAGCCUGGAACAGUGUUGAAAACCAUGUCUCCUGUUGAUCGGUUGCUUUUCUUAAAACAUGCAAGAUCGCCAACCUGGGACUAUGACAGCCUUCACCCAAGGCUGAAAUUGUCUGAUGACCGUCUUGUAGUCAGCUGUAAUUGGAGGAGAAUAUUUUACCCUUGUGGUCCCCAGAGAUUCAAUAAAUUAUGGCAAGUGCUAAGCAGAGAUGCAUUCCUCUCUGGGAGCCAUUACUGGGAAGUUGACCUGCUUCAUGCCGGAGCAGGAUGGUGGAUUGGCGCAGCCUACCCUUCCAUUGGCAGGAAAGGAGACUCUGAAACCUGUCGACUGGGCUGGAAUAGAGCAUCUUGGUGCCUUAAGAAGUUUGAUUUUGAAUACUGGGCAUUUCACAAGGGCGAGAGAAUCCCCAUCCUGAUAGAAGAUGAUCCUGAUCGCAUUGGCAUUUUUCUGGAUUAUGAAGCAGGAAUCCUUUCAUUCUAUAGUGUUACUGAUGGCAUGGCUCAUUUGCACACCUUCUGCUGCAAGUUCACAGAACCAGUUUACCCAGCCUUGAGGCUCUGGGAAGGGUCCAUUGGAAUAUGCAAACUAACAUAAGGAACGAAGCAAAAUAAAGCCUACUACUUCAUGCUUGUACUAUGAAAGCCACUUUAGCAGUGAUCUACGUGAAUUAAUCUCUGUCAUAUGAAAGUUGUAACUGUGAUGCUUUGAGAAGGUAACAGUUAAGUUCAAGAAAAUCAACUAUACAUGUAUAUUUAUUUUUCAAUGGGGGAAGGUUAUCUGGCUUUUAUAAAUUAUGUUGAUGUACCACCUAAAGUGCCAUAUGUAGUAUUUUUUGUACUUUUUUUCAACUUGCAAAAUGAAAGAAGUCUGGUUGAAAGAAGCCUAUUACAACUCAGAUUUGAACC